GCCGCCGCGCCGCCGGCUCCAGCCCCGCGCGGGGUUCCCGCCCGCCGGAUGUUGACGGCGUCGCCUAGCAACGGGACAUGGCGGAGCCGGGUGGCCAGGACGGCGGGUCUCAGCUGGAAGGCGAAUCGACUUCUGCAGGAGAGGAGGCCCGGAAUAAUGAAGGCGACAGGGCGUCACCCACAGGGAAGACCGGUGACCAAAACAUUGACCAGGCUGUUGGUGCUGCCGAGCUUUCUGAAGGGGAAAUUGAAGCCUCUGGGGAAGUCACAACUGAAGGAGAAAUCGAAACUGAGGGAGAAGUGGAAACGGAGGGAGAAGUGGAAAUUGAUAGAGAAGUGGAAAUCAGUGGAGAAGUAGAAAGGGAAGAGGAAUUUGAAUUUGAAGGGGAUGAAGUCGAAUUUGAAUUUGAAGGGGAAUUCGAAUCUGAUGUGGAAGCCGCCUCCCCUGAAGGGAAAGUCGGUUCUGUAGAUCUGGCUUAUUCAGAAGUCGGUGCUGGGGCGGUGCCCCAAGAGGAAGCGGGCCCCACGUACCCAGAUGAGCAUGGAGGGAGGGAAGGUGUUCCUGAAGACAGAGAAGCCCCCCGUCCAUCGGAAUCCAGAGAUUUGGGGGACAUCUCCACACAGCCAUCCCGGCAAAUAGUAGACUCAUCAGAGCAAAUAGGCCAGGACGCUUCUAGACCCAGGGCUAGCAGAUCGAAAAAAUCCGGUGAAGGGCUCCAGCAGGAAGUCUUUCCUCUGGGGGCACGACACCACCUCCGACUGAGCCCGGGGAGCAGCAUCACCUCCUCAGACUUUGACGAGCUGCUCUUGAGCACGGAGGAGCCCUUCAUCCAGGAGCUAGGUGUCCCCCCAGAGGAGCCCGGUGCGCAGCCGGGGAGAGGAGCCGCGCCGGCCUUCCUGGACCGGAUCCAGCAGCUGGGCACCGCCGAAGAAGGGACUGUCGAGAGAACGGAGUCGGAGGGGAGUGACGAGGCCGAGGAAGACAGACACCAGCUGGUGGUUCUGGACCCCGACCACCCCCUGAUGGUAAGGUUCCAGGCUGCGCUGAAGAACUAUCUUAACCGCCAGAUAGAGAAGCUGAAACUGGAACUUCAAGAGCUGAGUGUGGCCACCAAGCAAAGCCGCGUGCAGCGCCAGGAGCUGGGCGUGGAUCUCUACGGGGUCCAGCAGCACCUGGCCCGCCUGCAGAUGCAGCUCGAGAAGAACCACGACCUCCACUCGGUGGCAGCGUGCGCCAGGCGGCAGAGGGAGGAGGAGCUUCAGAGUGUGCGCCUUCGCUACGCCAGGACCUGCGAGACCGCCAACAAGGAGCGCAAAAAGCUGGCGGCUCUGCAAGCUGAGUUGGAGAGCCUGGCUCUGCAUCUCUUCUACAUGCAGAACAUAGACCAGGACGUGCGUGACGACAUCCGUGUGAUGAAGCAAGUGGUGAAGAAGUCAGAGAUGGAGCGGAUGCGGGCCGAGGUGGAGAAGAAGAAGCAGGACCUUCACGUGGACCAGCUCACCACCAAAGCCAACCAGCUGGAAGAGCAAAUCGCGCUGCUGGAGGCUCAGAGCUGUGCCCAGGCCGAGGACACGCGGGCUCUCAGGAAAGCCGUGAGCGAGGCCUGCACAGAGAUAGACGCCAUCAACAUGGAGAAAAGGCGCAUCCUGCAGCAGUGGGCCACCUGCCUGGUGGGCAUGAAGCAUCGCGACGAGGCUCACAGGACCAUCCAGGAAGCGCUCAGCGAGUGCCGGCGCCAGAUCACGUCCAUCGACACGGAGAUCGAGGCCUACAAGAAAUCCAUCAUGAAGGAGGAAGAGAAGAAUGAGAAGUUGGCCGGCGUCCUGAACCGCGAGGAGACAGAGGCCAACCUGAUGCAGAAACUAACCACGCAGUGCCUGACCAAGCAGGAGGCUCUGCAGAACGAGCUCAACACCUACCGGCUGGUGCUGCAGGACACGGAGGACACGCUGGGCAAGGCCCAAGUGGAGUACGCGACCACCACGGGCGACCUGCAGUCGGUCCACCAGACCAUCCGGCACGAGCUAGAGCUGAGGCGGAGGAUGGAUGCCUCAAUCUUGGAAAAGCUGCAGGAGCACAUGACCUCCAACAAGAUGACCAAGUACUUCCACCAGAUCAUCCUGAAGCUCCGGAAGGAAAAGACCAACCUGGUGACACAUCUUUCCAAAAUUGACGGCGACAUUGCUCAGACCACCCUGGACAUCACAAACACCAACUGCAGGCUGGACAUGCACCAGAAGACGCUGGUCGAGCUCGACAAGGAAGUGAAAAAGGUCAAUGACCUCAUCACCAACAGCGAGAACGAGAUCUCUAGGCGCACAAUCCUGAUCGAGAGAAAGCAAGGCCUCAUCAACUUCUUCAAUAAGCAGCUGGAGCAGAUGGUUUCUGAACUGGGGGGGGAAGAAGUAGGGCCUCUGGAGCUUGAAAUCAAAAGGCUGACCAAGCUGAUGGAAGAGCACAACACCAACGUGACGCAGGCCCAGGUGACCUGGCUCCGCCUGCAGCAAGAGAUGGUGAAGGCCACUCAGGAGCAGGAGGAACAGCUGGUGUCUCUGGACAUGUUCAAGAAGGAGAUGCACAUCCUGGAGCAGAAGAAGCUGCGGAUAGAAAACAAGAUCGCUCAGGAGAAGAAGGAGCAAAAGCAGAUCGAGCGCCACAUGAAGGGCCUGGACAACGACCUGAAGAAGCUCAACGUGCUGAUAAGCAAGAACCGGAGCAGCUCCGAGGGGCUGCAGCAGGACAACCUGGUGAUGGAGAAGGAGUUCGUGUGCGCGCUGAAGGCCUCGGAGAGGGAGACCAUCGAGAUGCAGGAGAAGCUGAACCAGCUGCAGGAGGAGAAGGCGGCCACUCUGAACAACCUGGUGGAGGCGGAACACCAGAUCAUGCUUUGGGAGAAAAAAAUCCAGCUGGCAAAAGAGAUGCGUGCAUCGGUGGAUUCCGAGACCGGCCAGACGGAGAUCCGAGCCAUGAAGGCAGAGAUCCACAGGAUGAAGGUCAGGCACGGGCAGCUGCUGAAGCAGCAGGAGAAGAUGAUCCGUGACAUGGAGCUGGCCGUCGCCCGCAGAGAGACCAUCUCGACUCAGGCCAAGGGGCAGUCCAAGAUGGACAAGAAAUUGCUCACCCGGACGGACUUCCACCACCAGCAGACAGAGCUGCAACGCAAGAUCAGGGACAUUCGCAAGGCCACCGAGGAGUGCACCAAAGCCAUCUUGGAACUGGAGAAAACUCAGAAAAACCUGAGCAGCUCCCUCUUGGAGAAGCAGGAAGAGCUGUCAACAGUGCAGUCCAGCAUCGACGAGCUCGAGGCCGACCUGCACCGGCUCUUGACCCUCAAGAAACAGGGUCUUUUGUCCCACCCAAGAACCUCUCGGAGCUGGUGGCCCUGCAGACGCGGGUCAAGCACCUCCAGGCUGUGAAGGACGGGAGGUACGUGUUCCUGUUCCGCUCCAAGCAGUCGCUGCUGGCCGAGCACAGGCGCCUGAACAACCGGCUGGCGGUCAUCAGCGCCAUCCUCGACCACGUGAAGGACGAGUACCCCCAGUUCCAGGAGGCCCUGCUCAAGGUCAGCCAGACCGUCGCCAGCAAGCUCCAGCCGUCUGAGUCCCCCUAGAGAGCAGCCUGGACCCACCCCUCCCACGGCCGGCUCCUCCCCCCCUUCCCCCCGUCGAAGAGACCAGAAUGCGGUGUAUCAAGCCGCGUGCACCCUCAGAGAGUGAUGCCCGUUUAGAGAAACAGGGAGGCCCGCACGGCAGAUCCGGAUUCUUUCAGCCCCCGCCCGUUCCAACCAAGUCGACUCCCAGCGAUUCCGGUGGCAUUUCGGGGAGUCUUCCCCCCCACGCUGGACUUGCUCGGGGUUUGGGAAGGCGCCCGCCUCCUCCCUGAGAGUGACCAGAGGGGACCACGGUGCCGCCUCCUUAUGCCCCGGUCCUGCUUCAGAGUCCGGUGUGCGGUGUCCCGGAGGAGGGCCCGAUGGAGAGCGGGGAGGUGCCCGGCGCCCCGAGGACGCACCACCUCCCCAGCUGUCCCCGCGCCGUUCUCAGCCCUCGUGUGAUCCCCUGGGGCGGUCCUGAGCACCUGCCACCUGGCGGCUUCUCCGCGCCAUCCUGGGAAAGGGCCUACAAAACCAUUUCACUUUCAAACUUUUCAGCAGAAAAAUAAAAUUUUUUCUGAAUGCGGCA